GCCGCCAGAGAAUAAAGAAGAAGAAAAAACCCGGAAGCCAGUUGGUCAGGCUGCAAACCUUAGCUCGCUGUCAUCGUCUGUAGUUUGUGUUCUGAGCGCAGAAAGUACAAUCUGCGUCAUCACAUCCACACACAGUGCACUUUCUUACCGGGCUCUCUGGAGAGAUGAACAACAGCGGGAACAAGAGAGCUCCAACCACAGCCACUCAGCGACUUAAGCAGGAUUACCUCAGGAUAAAGAAAGACCCUGUGCCUUACAUCUGUGCUGAGCCUCUCCCCUCAAACAUCCUCGAAUGGCGCUAUGUGGUCAGAGGUCCUGAGAAAACUCCAUACGAAGGAGGUUAUUACCACGGAAAGCUGAUAUUUCCUCGGGAAUUUCCCUUUAAACCACCAAGUAUUUACAUGAUCACACCGAACGGCAGAUUUAAAUGCAACACCAGGUUAUGUUUGUCCAUCACAGACUUCCACCCGGACACGUGGAACCCGGCGUGGUCCGUCUCCACCAUCCUCACAGGUCUGCUCAGCUUCAUGGUGGAGAAAGGUCCCACCCUGGGGAGCAUCGAGACCUCCGAGCACACGAAACGACAACUCUCGGCCCAAAGCCUCGCCUUCAACCUUAAGGACAAAGUCUUCUGUGAAUUGUUUCCCGAAGUCGUUGAGGAAAUUAAGCAGAAACAGAAAGUUCAGGAAGAGUUAAACGCCCGCACUCAGCCUCUCCCCUUGCCCGACGUGGUGCCCGACGGAGACCCCCAGCAGGCCCACUACGGCCUCCCCGUCCUGAACGGCAGGCCCGUCCCGCUCGGGGGCGCCAACCCCGGCGCCGGCCUGCAGCAAGGCAAUCGCAAUCACGGACUUCUGGGCGGCGCCUUGGCCAACCUGUUUGUCAUCGUGGGCUUCGCCGCCUUCGCCUACACGGUCAAGUACGUGCUGAGGAGCAUAGCGCAGGAGUGACAUUCCAGGUUCAAUGGCGCUGUGAACUCUGCAAGACAAAAAGUCGGACCACCUUAGAAGGACUAAAAGCAGCGGUGGCGGAGACAAAGGCGGCUCAUGGGUUGUGGACAAGGUCAGUUAGUCGCCAUCUUUACUCCUGUGACAUCAUCACAUCACACCCAAACUACAACUAAUCAUCUUUCUCUUUGCUCUCUCAGCAUUUCAAACACAUGUGUCAAAGUAUCAUCCUCUUGAACAUGAUAUCCUCUAAGACGAUACAUUGUCCUCUUUACGAUGAUACAUGAAAUCAUAUUCUCUAAGAUGAUACAUGAAAACAUCCUCUCUAAGAUGAUACAUGAAGUAAUUUCAAAGAUGAUACAUGAAAUCUAAUUUUAGAUGAUAUCCUCUACGAUGAUACAUGAAAUCAUCCUUUUUUUAGACUAUUCAUAGCAUUAUAAGUUGAUACAUGAAAACUCCUUCUUUAAGAAGAUACAUAAAAACAUUCUCUCUACGAUGAUACAUGAACUCAUCCUUUUCAAGAUGAGGCAUGAAAUCAAUCUGAGAUGAUACAUAAAAAAAAUCCUCUAAGAGUAUAUCCUCUCUACGAUGAUACAUGAACUCAUCCUUUUCAAGAUGAGGCAUGAAAUCAAUCUGAGAUGAUACAUAAAAAAAUCCUCUAGGAGGAUAUCCUCUACGAUGAAACAUGAAAUCAUCGUUUUCAAGAUGAUACAUGAAAUGAUCCUCUUUUUAGACUAUGCAUAUCAUUCUAAGUUAAUACAUGCAAUCAUCUUCUCUAAAAUGAUACGUCAAAACAUCCUCUACAAUGAUACAUGAAAUCAUCCUUUUUAAGAUGAUGUAUGAAAUCAAUCUAAGAUCCAUUCAUCCAUCCAUUUUCUACUGCUUGAUGAUUCAUAAAAACUCUCUAAGACGAUGUCCUCUCUACGAUGAUACAUGAAAAGCUUCUCUGUAAGAUGAUACUGAGAGGAUUAGGAUGAGAAGAUGUGCUCCCUCCACUCAACAACCCAUGAGCCCAGUAGUGAGUUGGGACCAGUGCACUUUUCAUAUAGCGCCGCUCAAAUCAUCAUCCAAACAACUUCUGUACAUUUUCUUUCCGGUCUUUUUAAUUUAUAGACAAAGCCUUGUGUGUGUGUGUGUGUGUGUGUGUGUGUGUGUGUGUAUGAAUGUGUGUGUAUGAACAUGCGUGUUUGUGUAGUCCUGCUUCUGAGGAAUUGUUUUACGACACAAAUAAAAUUUGAUUGGUCCAGCAUUCACGUGACUGCUGAUCAUUGCACCAACACUUGGACAAUUACGUGUGUGUGUGUGUGUGUGUGUGUGUGUGUGUGUGUGUGUGUGUGUGUGUGUGUGUGUGUGUGUGUGUGUGUGUGUGUGUGUGUGUGUGCGGCAAAAAGACAAAUCUCGUGCAUCAUUUGAUUUUGUGGGACAUUGUCUGUUUUCAUAGUAAAUCCAAAUAAAGUUGCCCUGAUGGGAAGAUUUAGAAAA